AGAAUUUGAUCUACAUACAUAGCAUGAUUAGGUACAUGGUUAUACAACAUGUACAGUACAUGCACAUGUACACCUACAUGACCUAGGUUUGUCUACAUUAUGUCCAUAUUUUUCCCAAUUUCUUCAACAUGUAGGUUGAAUUUACAGCAAGACAUGUACUUUCAUGCAUUAUUAGUAUUGAAUCAUAGUUUUAAACUACAUGUACCAACACUGACCAAUGUCUGUUCUCUUGCAAGCACAUCCCUGCUGCUUCCAUAGUGUCCAACCGACUAAAUUCCAAACUUGCUGUGUACAGUUUUCUGACUGUUCACAAUAGCUGUUUUGGAAUGUGAGGUCACUUGUUCACAGUGACUUGUGGCCCAUGCAUGCACUGUGUAUACAUGUAUACACAGACCUGGUACUAGCCUACAGUUGGUUGUCUACUCCUGAGCUAUCACAAUGGCAAACCAGACAACAGCACAUCUCCAAUUUAGAAAGCGCGUCUGUGUCUCAGCGGCCUUUGGCGUCUCGCUGACCUACAUUGCCUGGGUGUACGCCCCCUUUGCGGUCCCAUCUGACCCUAACUUGACAGAUCGACUCGUCUUCACACUGCGAUGGCUGGCACUGUCCAUCCUUCCAAUUUUUGUUGGAAUCCAACUUGUUGGUACAAUUCGAUUCGCAAAUAUGGACACGGCAGGGGUUGUUACAACCACAGCAUACGCCGAGGGGCUUGUCCGUCUGAGGCAACGCGCUCUCCAGAACACGCUGGAACAAACAGCGAUGCACGUACCCUUAAUGCUCAUCCUUGGUACCUAUCUGGAUUCUAACCACCUCAAGCUGGUACCUAUCAUCAUCUGCUUGUUUGUUCUUGGCCGGAUCAUGUACUUCAUCGGGUACCUGUUUACUGGGAACCACAUCAAUCGCGGAUUUGGUUUUGUUCUGAAUAUGUUUCCAAAUAUAAUGGUACUCGUGUACUGUUUGUAUUGCUUGGCUGUAGGUGGGGCUAAUUAUGGGUUAUCUAGUACUGUGGCCUGAAACGUUGUUCUAGAUUAUGUGUCUCUAGCAAUGAUGAUGAUAUGUCAAUUAUAAAGAAAUUCAGGUGUUUGACAUGUUUGAUGUUCUUUAGUGCAAAACGCUAUGUAGCAUGCAUCCCAUCACAUUUUACAACUAAAUGUACAAAAUAAUGUAUAAUUUUGUUACAAGUUACAUGUACUGUUUGCUUGAAGAAAAGUAGCUGUAAAUUUCCAAAUGUAUACUUGUACAUGUAUGUACAAUUUUGCAGCUUAAAGUUAGAAUUGUGUGGUACGUAAUGGACAUCAUAUGAUUGCAAUCAUAAAGAAAAUAUCAAUUGGUAAAUCUCAAAUAAAGUAGACUGCCUAUUAUUUUUGUUUUCCUUCAUUAAUUGAAUCCGCUUGUUUUACAAUGUACAAAAUUUGUAAACAGGUAAUAGCCUAGAUAUAUGCCACAUGUACUUGUAUAAAAUAAAAAAAAAAAUAAAAGAAAAUACAAGAUUAGUGCCAAAACUGUUUGUUUUUGUAACCUUACUCCACAUUUAACACAAAAAACCCUAUUGUUAACAUACAUGUAGUUAAUUAAAUCACUGGAUCAGGCUUCAAAUAAAGUUUGUUUUGUGACUGAA